AUGGCUGCCGCAAAAUCGCUUAAUAUCCAAAAUGAAAAGCUUAGCAACCUCGGUCUCAAGACUAUCACAGACAAUGAGCAGAUUCUCCCCUCAAUCUCAACAGACGUCCCAAUCAUCCUAAUCGGGCACGACCGCGGUGCACGCAUCGCGCACCGCCUCACCGUCAGUAAAGUCCCCGGCUUCUCCAUCCUCGGAGUCACCCUCAUCGACAUCGUCCCCACAAGCACGCAAUGGCACAACGCGUCCAACUCGCCCGCCAAAGCCGCCAAGGAAGUCACCGGCUACUUCCACUGGCCCUUCCUCGCCAACGUCGACCUAGCAACACGCAUGAUCACGGCCUACGGCGGCGGAAAAUGGUGCUGCGAGAUGAUUGAAUCGUGGUCCGGCUCCAACACUCGAGGGCUCGCGAAACUCAAAAGCGACGAUAGCUUCGCCGUGUAUGCGGGCUUCUUCGAGGACGAACAUGUCGUAAGAGCCAGCUGUGAGGAUUACAAACAUGGCGCGACGACGGAUUUGAAGCUGCAGGAGGAGGACCAAGAGAAGGGGAGGAAGAUCGAUGUCCCGUUGUUGUUGCUGUAUGCGAGCGAUUUGAUCGGGAAGAGGUAUGAUUUCAGCACGGUGUGGAAUGGGUGGGUGCAGGAGGGCGUACGGAUUACCAACCAUGGGUUGGGAGAUGGGAUUGGGCAUUUCGGGGCGGAGGAGGCGCCUGAGGAGUGCGCGGGAGCGAUUGCGGAGUGGUUGGGUGGUUUGGGCAUUGGUGAUGGUGCAAAGUUGUAG